AUGACAGUUAAGACGCGUGUUGCACGUGCCUGCGUACUAACCAUCGACUUCCACCCAAAUAACAUCUUGGGGCAUGGAGGAUUUGGGGUAGUAUACAAGGGCAUUUUGCAUGGUGGCACCAUUGCUGCUGUGAAAAGGUUGAAGGAAUUUGCUUCUUUUGGUGAAGUUCAAUUCCAUACAGAAGUUGAAGUCAUGAGCUUGGUUGUUCAUCGCAGCCUCAUUAAUCUAAUUGGGUUCUGCUCUGAAGAUAAUGAGAGAAUCCUUGUGGCCAAUGCGUUCAUGCCACUGAAUGGCUUGCCAAACUUAGCAAAAUCAUCGGAGAGGCCAGAGGCGGUGGCCAUGGCAGUCCCGGAGCUGUCCCUCUCAUCUCCAGCAAUCGACGCCCCCUGCAUGGCCGCCCCGAGUGCCGAUAGCAGUGUUGUCACGGACGCCGGAGCUCAAAGCCAGCAACAGUCGGCGCAGCGGAAGGCCAGGCGGUGCUGGUCGCCGGAGCUGCAUCGCCGGUUCGUCGCAGCGCUCCAGCACCUCGAGGGCCCACAAGUCGCCACUCCUAAGCAAAUCAGGGAGAUGAUGAAGGUGGAUGGGCUCACGAAUGAUGAGGUCAAGAGCCACCUGCAGGCAUCCGACGGCGACCAGCAGCAGUCGGCGUCGGCCGGGCAGUGGCCGCGGCCGGAGCAGUACACGACGUCGCAGCACAGCUCGUCGCAGUCCGGCUCGCCUCAGGGGCCGCUGCAGCUCACCGUGUCGAGCCGGGGGAUGUUGGUCACCGUCGGAGACAGCUGCGACGGCGGCGAGGAGAACGAGGAGGAGGACGGCAAGUCGGCGAGCUACAGCUGGGAGAUGCAGCAGAACGGCACCAAGGCCUCCUCGUCGUCUUGAAACACAUGUGUGGAAUUUUCAGAGGCACGCUGCACAGCAACACACCACUGAGGGUUCGGGGUUGAGGCUUUUCUUCUUCUUUGUGUACAGUGGAUGAGAGAUUCUGAGAUUGAGAGGUGUGUUCUUUUUGACGUGGAAUGUGCUGAGAGUUAACUGAACUGACGUGAGUCCUUGGGUUACACUGUAUUAGAGAUAUGAGCUAUGUUAUUAACAUUGUAUACAACCUUCGGUUAAAA